GGGCUCCACAGACACAAGAAAGAGGGGCUUCCUAUACGUCAGCCCAUUGGUCAGAGCCAGCAGUGCACCGAAACACGUCAAAGGCGAAGCUGCACUUUGGCCCGCCACGCGCCGAAUGCUGCACACUAAGCGGCGCGUUAAGACAGAGGCGCGGGACCGAGCGCGAGAGAGAGCGAGAGCGAGAGAGAGAGAGAGAGCGCGAGAGAUAGAGAGAGCUCAAGCGAGAGAUAGAGAUAGAGCGAGCCGGUAGAAAGACCAUUCAUCACAUUGAUUUCUUAACAAUAUAUUGAUCAUUUCCAACAGUUUGAAGCGGUUGGGCCUGCUUCAGAUGAGGCGUGUGUGUCUAACGUCAAGUUAGUGGUGCUUCCCUUGCUGAGUAUCGCCAUGAGCUGCCUGGAUGUUAUGUAUCAAGUGUACGGUUCACCGCCUCAGCCAUACUUCGCCACCGCCUACAGCCCCUACCACCACCAGAAAUUGGCGUUUUAUUCUAAAAUGCAAGAGUCCCACGACGGCGCGGGCAGAUGCAGCGCGAGCGGCUCGUUCACCAACCUGCCCGUGCCCGCGUCGAUCAAGGAGGAGGACUGCGGCCGCGACAAAGAGCCGUCACCCGAGGCUGAGUAUCUGAGCGCCAGGUGCGUGCUCUUCACCUACUUCCAGGGGGACAUCAGCACCGUGGUGGACGAGCACUUCAGCCGCGCGCUCAGCCAGUCUAGCGGCUACGCGUCCAGCGCCAACAACAGCAACAAGUCCGCACGAGACGGACCCUUCCCCAUGAACCAGAGGAGCUUCCCCCCGUCCUUCUGGAACAGCACCUACCAGUCCUCGGGGCCCUCCGGCCUGGGGGCCCCCCACGCCGAGCUCUCCUUCCCCGGGGACCCCUACUCGGCCUCGGCCUCGCUGCACGGCCACCUCCACCAGCCCAGCCCCGACGUGGCCUGGCACCCCUCGCACCACCACCACCACCACCACCACCACCCCUACUCGCUAGGGGGCGCCAUCGGGGGCCAGGGUUCGGCGUACCCGCGGCCCGGCGUGCACGAGGUGUACGGCGCCGCCUUCGACCCGCGCUACGGCUCGCUGCUGGUGCCCUCGGUGCGCUCGCACCACCACCGCCUGGCCGCCAGCAGCUCCGUGCCUGGGCCCGGCGGCUCGCCCUGCGACCUGGGGGGCAAGGGGGAGUCGGGGCCCGCCUCGGCCUGGAGUGGGGCCUUCGCCGGGGCCAGUCCCGACAUCGCCCUCAACAUGGACACAGCUCGGCGCUACGGUGGCGGGGGUCUCUGCGGCCCCGGCAGGGGGUCCCUCCGUGGCGGCCCGGCCCUGCUGAGCUGAGGACCGGACCGCCCAGCCUUUACUGCGGACCCUGUGGAUGUACCGCGCACUAGCGCUCGCCUG